AUGGGUUUUGUAGAAUCUUUCAAGCGUUUCAUGCAGAGAAGAAGAUAUGAGAGGCUAGAUUCAUCAUGCAGGAGCAGGAGGCGCCUGAGAAUUGCAAAGAUUGGCAAAAGGAAGAAAAAGUUUUGGAGUUUUAGGUUGGUGCCCAAGCUGAAAUUAAAAUGGCUUGAUCCCAAGCUUCUUCUGGCUAAGUUGAGAGAUGGGUAUGUGAAUAUGAUGCUAAAUCUAGCAGACUCUUCUGAUGUUAUGGGGGGUGGUUUUGGCCCCUGUUAUGUUGCAGGGGCUGCAAAUCAGUUCAGAAAGAGAAAUUUGAAGGACCAUGAUGCAAAAAUCUUGGGGCUGGAUAUCAAUUUAGACAGAGGAGUUUCAAAGACUUUGAUGCAAGAAUUUUAG